GGGGACGCGGGGAAGCCGGGCCGCGGGGCCCCGGCGAGUGCGCAUAAAAGCCGCCCCUCGGGGCUCCGGCUUCAUUCCGAGUGGAGCCCGGUGCCGAGCGCAGCAGCUCCGCGGCGGCGGCGGCGGCCUGAGCGCUAGGGCAGCCCGCUCCCCCCGGCCUCUCCUCCCGCGGCCAGCAUGAAGGCCUUCAGCCCCGCGAGGUCCGUGCGGAAAAGCGGCCUCUCGGACCACAGCCUGGGCGUCGCCCGGAGCAAGACCCCGGCGGACGACCCGAUCAGCCUGCUCUACGACAUGAACGACUGCUACUCCAAGCUCAAGGAGCUGGUGCCCAGCAUCCCGCAGAACAAGAAGGUGAGCAAGAUGGAAAUCCUGCAGCACGUCAUCGACUACAUCUUGGACCUGCAGAUCGCCCUGGACUCGCACCCCACCAUUGUCAGCCUGCACCGCCAGCGGCCGGGGCAGAGCCCCGCGGCCCGGACGCCGCUGACCACCCUCAACACGGACAUCAGCAUCCUGUCCUUGCAGGCGUCCGAAUUCCCUUCUGAGUUAAUGUCAAGUGACAGCAAAGCGCUCUGUGGCUGAAUAAACGGUGUUCAUGGCUUUUUUUUUUCUCCUUUGCACAAGAACAACAAAUCCACAGGCUCUUUUUAAGGCGCUGAACUUACUUUCGACCAUUUCUCCAGGAGGAGGACAAGCUGAAUGGACCUUGCUAAAAGCAUGGAGGAAAAUAAGAGUGGCCUCCUUCCCAGCGCGUCCUCUGCCCGGACUGUGGUCUUAGUUAUUUAUGAAAAAGACUUUUAAAUGCCCUUUCCGCAGCUGGAAGGUUUCUUUAUAUACUAUUCCCACCAUGGGGAGCGAAACGUUAAAAUCACAAGGAAUUGCCCAAAUGAAGCAGACUUUGCCUUUUCUCAAAGGUGGAGCGUGAAUACCAGAAGGACCCAGUGUUCAGUUACUUACAUGAAGCCUUUCGGUCAGAAAUUACCUUUUUGACGCAAGCCUACUGAAUGCUGUGUAUAUAUUUAUAUAAAUAUAUAUAUGUUGAGUGAGACCUUGUGAACUCUUUCAUUAGAGUCUUCUUGUAUAGUGGCGGAGAUGUCCAUUUCUGCCUACAGUGUAAUGAUGUACUUAUUCCUGCUAAACUUUUUAUAAAAGUUUAGUUGUAAACUUAACCCUUUUAUACAAAAUAAAUCAAGUGUGUUUAUUGAGUGCUGAUUGCCUGCUUUAUUUCAGAGGACCAGUGCUUUCAUUUUUAGUAUGCUAUGUUAUAACUGAACCCAAGUAAAUACAAGCUGAAGAUUUAUGUACCCUGUAUAAGGUUAUAAUAAAACAUGUCUGA